AUGGAACUACUAAACAUAGGUCGUCAUUGUUCCAAUACAGACUGUAAUCAACUAGAUUACUUACCUUUCAAAUGUCAACAUUGUCGAAAUUAUUAUUGUGGUGAACAUUCAAAACCUAAACAACAUUCUUGUAUUAACUUACCACCUACUGACGAUGGAGAAAGAGUUCCUAUUUGUCCUAUUUGUGAUAUACCGGUGCCUAUUAGUCGAGGGGAAAAUCCAAAUGUUAGAACUAGUGGUAAAACUAGUAGAACCAAUAGUAGCGGUUCCAUCAUUUUAUAA